CUAGGUGAAUUAAUUUGGCGUCAACAAUGUGCGAAAUUUAAUACCAAAUGGACGUAAUACAGUUAUUGUUAUGGAAAAGACCAAACUUGAAUAUAUUAGGCUCAUGUGUCAAAUGAAAAUGACUGGAGCAAUUUGUAAGCAAUUCAAUGGUUCUGGUGUAUUCAAUGGUUCUGGUGCAUUGCAAGGUUUUAAUCAAGCGGAUUGUUCGAAGUUCUUACAAUUUAUCACUGGUACAUCUAAAGUGCCGUUACAAAGUUUUGCUGCGUUAGAAGGCAUGAACGGCAUACAAAAGUUCCAAAUUCACAGAGAAGACAAGUUGACAGAUAGGCUUUCAUUUGCACAUAUUUGUUUCAAUCAACUGGAUUUGCCAGUGUACGAGACGUAUGAUAAACUCUAAACAAAUCUACUCAAGGCGACUUACGAAUGCACCAAAGAAUUUGGAUUUGCAUAAGCUUACCAGAAUUUGCUCCAGUACAAUUUCGACAGUUAUGUGUAUGAAUCUUAUCUUUAAAAGAAAUCGGAGCUACCUUGUGCAUCAAAGUGACUUUGGAAGAAGAGAAGCAAGAUCCUGCAAACACAAAUAUUAAAUUACAUGGUUCCUAUUUAUGAAUCAUGUAUGAUGAAUUAAUAGGUAGAAAAUGAUAAUCUUUUUUUAAAGAUUUAUUCUUUAUUUAUAAAAAUGUAACUGUCAAAAAAUUCAAUGGCAUGUAUAAUUCAAUGUAUAUUUUAUAAUUUUUUUUUUAAUUUAUCAAAAUAGAGCUUAUAAUUAAAUAGACGUUAAUUACUUCAAUAACAUAUCAAUGGAUUAAUGUUAGUAUUAUUACUGAAUAGAUUAUUAAUAUCUAUUUAAUCUAUAAAUCUUGAUACAUGAGAGUUAAUGUGUAUGAUAAAAUGAAAAUAUAUAUUUCGUAUUUAUAAAGUCGUAUAAGUGUAAUAAUACAUAUUAUAGCAAUUAGAGCACUGUGAUUCGCUACGUUCACAAGAUAGUUUUAUAUAUAACAUUGCGUAUAACAAUUUUUGUAAGUACGUUAAAAAUUUUGCAAGCAAUAGGCUAUUGCACGUCCGAAAUGUUAUCACUGGCUGUAAAGAUCCAACCAUAAGUUUGGUCUCUAGAAUAUCAUCGAUUGAACGCGAAAUUGUAUCGAUUAAAAUCGAAAUUGUACUGGAGCAAAUUCUGGUAAACUUAUGCAAAUCCAAAUUCUUUGGUGCAUUCGUAAGUCGCCUUGAGUAGAUUUGUUUAGAGUUUAUCAUACGUCUCGUACACUGGCAAAUCCAGUUGAUUGAAACUGCAAUUAAAAAAUACAAUUUUAGUCUUGUAAUUUUAUAUUAAUUUAAUUUUAACUUAUACACACAUAUGACAAGGUAUUAAAACAAUUUCUUUUUUCAUAUAUUAACCAAAUAUGUGCAAAUGAAAGCCUAUCUGUCAACUUGUCUUCUCUGUGAAUUUGGAACUUUUGUAUGCCGUUCAUGCCUUCUAACGCAGCAAAACUUUGUAACGGCACUUUAGAUGUACCAGUGAUAAAUUGUAAGAACUUCGAACAAUCCGCUUGAUUAAAACCUUGCAAUGCACCAGAACCAUUGAAUCUGUGAGUGGAAAAAAGAUGGUAUAAUUCAAGUCUUUCAAACUUGAGCUAAUACAAAAUAUCAAAAUGUACCUACACACCAGAACCAUUGAAUCUGUGAGUGGAAAAAAGAUGGUAUAAUUCAAGUCUUUCAAACUUGAGCUAAUACAAAAUAUCAAAAUGUACCUAUAAAGACGUAGCAGUGUAUUUAUGAUACUCAAUAUUUGCUUUAAGAUCCUCCUUUAAGAUAUUUACAGUAAGCAAGCCACCGAUCAAUAGUUCAAGUUCUUGUUCAUUAAAUAUGAAAAUUGGUCGUUU